ACAAGGUCUGGCGAGCCCUAAGGUAUGGCAGUAUAGGGAUAAUAAUAAUAAUGAUAAGAAUAAUAAUGAUAAGAAUAAUAAUGAUAAGAAUAAUAAUGAGAAUAAUAAUAAGUAUAAAAAGAAUUGUAACGGGCUGGGCCCGAUAUGAGCCUCGGCGACUCUCGGCCAACACCAAGACCCCUGAUGAAGCUAUUCCCACUCGCCCCACAGCACACCGAACCUUCUAGCAACGCGCUCAGACCAGCGCGCCUACGAGGGCAAGUAUGCUUGCGAGCUACCAGAGUCUGUCGUCUCUCCUUUCCUUCUCCAAGUUCAGUGUACUCGUAGAGUCGUCAUCAGCUAGUUGCAAUAUACUACCUGAG